GUGUGUAGUUUCAAAUAGGCACACAAAUAUGGAAGAGGACCAAUUACCGAACGUGUGUAGAGCUUGUCUUACUGGUCAAGGUGAAUUUCAGUCAAUUUUUGUAAGGGACGAACGCAGUGGAUUCGAUAUACAUUUAGCCGAGAUGAUAAUGGCUUAUUCUUCUGUUCAGAUAACUUUUGGUGAUGGUUUACCAGAAACGAUAUGUUGUAAAUGUGCAAAUAAAGCAUCAGAAUUCUAUUUAUUUAAAAUACAAUGUGAACAAACAGAUAAGUACUUAAGAAGUAGUUUGGGAAUGUCCCCAUUAUCAAAAACUUCACCACACACAACUAAUUUUGAAAACUCUGAAAAACCUGAAGAUAUUAUUUUGGAAGAUAACUCAGAAAACGUUUCUGUUAAACCUGAAUUAUAUUUUACACAACACGAAGAAUCAGAAGACUUUUGGGAUCCAGAUGAUAAUAAUUCUGAUGAUAAAUCGGAUGAUAAAGGUGAUUCAGUGAAAUUACACGAAUGCAAUGUUUGUUUAAAACCAUUUUUACGACUAAAUUUAUUACAAAGACACAAGAAAAUCCACGAACCCCCCAAAUUUUUUCAAUGUGAUGUAUGCCAAAAAACAUUCACGCGAAAUGAUUUGUUGCAUCGUCAUCGAAUGUCGCAUAUUAAAUCGGAUGGAAACACUCCCAUAAAAAUGGAAAUGAAAGAGGAAAUAAUUGAGACAAAAUCGACGUCGGCUUUCAAAUGCGAACAAUGUAAUGCGGAAUUUAUUGAUAAUUCGGAGUAUGAAAAGCAUUUGGGGAGUCAUGGGAAAAGUAAAAAGCUUAAAUGUACCGAUUGUGAUAAACUAUUUUCGAAAAAAUCGCAUUUGACCAGGCAUUUGAAGAUUCAUUCGAAAGAGAAACCACAUAAUUGUAAUUUGUGUGGAAAAGGAUUUGUUAGAUCUGAACAAUUAAUGAAUCAUAUGAAUGUACAUUCUGGUAUUAAACCGCAUGUUUGUAAAAUUUGUAAUAAAGGUUUUAACCAAAUAUCAAAUUUAAAAGAUCACAUGAGAACCCACAACGGUGAAAAGCCAUUUUUGUGUUCAACCUGCGGUAAAGGUUUUAAUCAAUUAGGAAACUUAAGACAACACAUUGUACGACAUAGCGGCGUUAAAGCUCACGUUUGUAGUAUUUGCGGGAAUGGGUUCGCUAGUAAAGGAGAAUUAUGUGCUCAUUUAAGAAAACACACAGGUGCUAGACCGUUUGUUUGUCAAAUUUGUAAUCAUGGUUUUACAACAUCCAGUUCUUUAACGAAACACAAACGAAUUCAUUCGGGUGAAAAACCCUACGAAUGCGACGUUUGUAAAAUGAAAUUUUCACGUUCGGGAAUUUUAGCGCGACACAAACGGACACAUACAGGAGAAAAACCAUACAUUUGCCAAUAUUGUUCGAAGGCUUUUUCCCAAUCGAACGAUCUCAGUUCACAUCUGCGCAUCCAUACCGGAGAAAAGCCAUUUAUUUGCGAUAUUUGUGGCACAGCUUUUCGACAAAACUCGGCGCUUAAAACGCAUAAAAAAACACACGUUGAUAGGACGCCCGUUUUAGAACCGGGUGUUGCUAUGAUUGGGAUGAUUCAACCACAAUUUUUAAAUCCUUUAUAAAAAAUAAAAUUAUUUUUUAUGGAAAAAAAGACAAUACUUAAAAAAGAAAUGGAUUUUUACUUAAUUUUUAUUUAAUUUAUGAUGAAUCUGUAUAUAUUUGUGUAUGUAUUAUUAGAAGUAUUAAAUAAUAUUAUGAAUUA